AUGAAUUCAGAAACUAGCCCCGCGACGGGCAUCAGCGAAAUGAUCAGUCAAUUUUUAUCGAAACUUAUCACCGGCGACUCGUUCCCAUUGGAGACGGUUCCACCACUCCCGCCACCCAAAAAGUUCACUAUCGGUGGAAAUUAUGCUCGUUGGGAAGUGCAGGCGCGUGCUCACGUGCAGAAGUUUCUCGAGUCGGAAAGGAAAGUGACAAUUUUAGGCCUGUUGGCCGGUGAAGCGGCCGAUAGGGCCUUUCAGUCGAGUGCAUUCAAGAAGGAGGAUCUCGAUGGGGUUUUUCGAAAACUACGAUGCCUCCUUGACACUCCACUCCACCCAAUCGAGUACCAGUCACAAUUCCACUCGGAAAGCCAGAACAUCGGGGAGACCGUAGAAGCAUACGCCUAUAGCGUCAAGCAACUGGUGUCCAAGGCUUUUUCCGACGACAACAGCGAAGCCCAGGAUAAGCGUGCUGUGGAAUGUUUUGUCGAAGGAGUCAUUGGUGCGUCAGUCAAGAAAGCGCUGAUUACAAAAUCGCCUAAAAGCCUCAGGGAGGCUAUUGCUCUGACAGGAGGAACGGAGAGGUUACAGCGAGCUGUUCAUGGAGCAGAGAGACUCUGCAUUGCCGUGCAUCAUCGAGGUCAGCAGCGAGAACCAAUCCGGAGACCGUGGGGGCCAAGGCCUCAUCAAGGACCGACUAGCGGUAGAUACUGCUACAACGACAACGACUAUCGGCGACGAUGGAGUACUCAAAGCGAUACCCCAACCCCUCCCAGCGGGCAAAACCACAAGGGAAAUCCCUCACAUCCGGUGACCAGACGAGACCCAGCGGACCACGGUGAGUAUAUUGUUCCUACUGUGCACACCGUUCACGAAAAUUUAACGUUUGAUAUUGACUUGCUGGUAGAAGCGCUACCAAUAAAAGGACUCGUGAAUACGGAGACACCGAGGUCAUUAAUCGAC